CUAAACAAACGGAAGAGUGUUUGAUUCCAGAUCAGAAGGCUGUGUGUUCGAAUCCACGUCACAUUCAAAAUUCCUGGGCAACGUGUGUAUAUCACAAAUUUUAACUAUUCUCUAUUGCAAGCAAGUGCGGAAGCAUACACACACACACACACAAAGACAGAGCCACCGAAAACAAUACUUUGCUCCCACUCCGUGGGGUGUGUAUGAAAAGUACUUUGCCCAUAAAGAUCGACUGUUAAUAUUCAAGACGAACACAUUCAUGACUACUUUAAACCUCAACAUGUUUCAUAAAGCAGCUCUUUUUCUUUCACAAUUCCAGAUUGCAGAACUAGAAUCAGAGUGCAAUGAAGUUGAACAAGACAAGAAGAAAAAUGCCCAACUGACUGUGCGAGUGCAGGAGCUGGAGGCUGAAUUGCACGACAAAGAGCAGGAGCUGGAGAACUUGAGGAAGCAGGCGGAGAUAAUCCCUCAGCUGAUGGCAGAGUGUGAGAGCAUCACAACGAAACUGCAGACUGCAGAGACGAAGAACAAAGAACUGGAGGGCAGGCUCGGCGUCCUUCAGCUGGACCUGGACGACAGUCGACAGAAGCAGGGUAACAUGAAGGGCGAGCUGAAGCGGUUCAUGGACGCCCUGGACGGAAAGAUCGACGAGCUCCACGAGGUCAGACAGGGUCUCUCGAAGCUGGGCGUCGAUAACUGAGGAGAAAGUGGCACAGAGCCGACAGGGGUCAGAGGUCGGGUACGAGAGCUUCACUACAGUGCGUCUUCAGGGCAGAAAACUAUGUGGCACCUUCCCUCUCACCCACCC